UGUGAUUUUGAUUUGAAGUGCACAUCAUGAAGAUGAGUAAAAUAAUAACUAUAUUAAUGGUUCAGGGGACUAUUUCUAAAAACAUUACUAUGUAAAAAUUAGUUUAAAAAAAAACAGAUUUUCAUCUGGGAAAGAGGCAACAUGGCGACAGGUGGCAGCGCAGAGGAGGAUGUACAGCGGGGACAGCUGCAGCUCCUGCUUCCCCCGCAGCCUAUGGACCAGGCUAAGGAAGCCCAGGGUGCAGGCGAGAAGAUGGGCUGGGCACAGGUGGUGAAGAACCUGGCUGAGAAGAAGCACGACUUCCGUGAGCAGUGGCGCGGAGAAGAAAGGGGAAGAGGUGCCGGUGGCAGGCUGGGCAGCCCGGCAGGCCUGGCCACACCGAACCGCGGCGUCUUCCCACCUGCAGGCCGCGGUCACCUCCCACCUGCCGGCCGUGGACACUUCCCAGCUGCCGGCCAUGGUCAACUCCCACCUGGCCGCGGUCACUUCCCGCCUGCCGGCCGCGGGGACCCAAGGGUCUUCAGCAGAGACCCUGGUGGCUAUGCAGCAGAUGCUUGCAGGAUGGAGGGAGCCGGAGCCAGAGAUGCCAGUCAAAGGAAGAUGGCCGAGGUGGCAGCGGCAGCGGCCAUGGCGUCCCCUCCCAGGCCUGUUGCAAUCAAAGAUGCAAUUACAAAGCGACCACUCCAGGAUGAGCCUCCAGCCUCCAGGCCGGGUAAGGGCCGCUUCCUUGUGCGCAUAGGUUUCCAGGGAGAAGAAAGUGCCUGUCCGACCCGCGAUUUCGUGGUGGGCGCGCUCAUCCUGCGCUCCCUUGGCAUGGACCCUGGGGACAUCUGUGCUGUCAUCCAGAUCCCUGGCAGCCGCCAGUUCGAUGUGAGCUUCAGAUCUGCAGACAAGCAAGCCCUGUUUCUCCGCGUCUAUGAGGAAAAGCGGGAGAAGGACGACUGCUGGGAGAACUUUGUGGUGUUGGGACAGAGCAGGUCCAGCUUGAAGACCCUCUUCAUCCUCUUCCGGAAUGAGACCGUGGAUGUGGAGGAUAUCGUGACCUGGCUCAAGCGCCACUGUGAUGUGCUGGCCUUGCCAAUGAAAGUGACUGACAGGUUUGGGAUCUGGACUGGGGAGUACAAGUGUGAGAUUGAGCUGCGCCAGGGGGAGGGAGGAGUGAGGCACCUGCCUGGCUCCUUCUUCUUGGGAACAGAGAGGGGCUACAGUUGGUACAAGGGGCAGCCCAAGACGUGCUUUAAAUGUGGUUCCCGGACCCACAUGAGCGGCACCUGCACGCAGGACAGGUGUUACAGGUGUGGGGAAGAGGGGCACAAGAGUCCUUACUGCAGGAAGAUCAUCCUGUGCAACCUCUGUGGCAAGGGAGGACACAUGUUUGCCCAGUGUCCCAAAGCAGCUCACAAUUCCAUGCGCUUCUGCCUGCCAGGGUGAACACACAGCCAGCUUAUCCUUCCUAAGUGUCAAAAUGUAUUUUUUUUUUUAGAGCAUUUUUCUCUUUUAGGAAGGAGAUAUUUCCAAAACUUAACAGAAACAUUCUCUAUGCCUUUUUAAAACCACAUGUGCUCCUUGUCAUCUCAUUUAAUAAUGACUAUCCAGAACUGUAGUGUGUAGAUAUAUUGCCUGUUCACCCACCCCACCCCCCAUUUUUUCUCCCAUUUGCAUUAGUUUUGGUAUUUUGGUCAACACCCUGUUCCCUUCUGUACUCUUUCCUGCUUCCCUCCUCAUCCAUGUCUCCUUAGAUUUUUGCCCCUUGGGCUGCCUUGCUCUUUUCCAUGCCUCAGCCCUGGGUACAGGGAGCAAUGCAGGUUAGUUUUUCAGCCCAGUGUUUAUUGAAAUGAAAAUGUCGUUGACUAGCUCUGUCUAUAGUGCCUACCUUGUGCAGUUCUCUGCUGGGCUCUUUUCAUUUGCUGCUUUUAUGGGAUAUGAAAAUUUGUGAAAACAGUGUUGCUGGAAGUGUUUAAUGUGAAUAAGCUCUGAAAGGUAGGCAAGGGCCCCUCAAAGCAUAAAAACCUAUCUACUUGGUGAUUGCUCCUUGUUGCUCAGAAACUGUAUUUCUGCAGGAGUGUGGAUCCUAGGAAGUUCUGCUGGGAAAGACCCAAGAUGGGGUUGUUGUUGGUUUUUCUUUGAGGGAGCUUGCUUUAUUGUGUGCAUUGUUUUGAGACUGGGUCUCACUAUGUAGCCCUGACUGGUUUGGAACUGGCUGCAUUCCUGGACCAGGCUGCCUUCAAACUUCCAGUGAUCCUCUCACCUCAGCCUCCCUGAAGGAGGUUUUAAAUUAACCUCUUAUUUUUCCAGUAGAUGAAAUGAAUCCGAAGGUAAAUGUCUGGGUCAAAGUACACAGAAGUGUGGUGCCUCAGCCAGUCCACAGUAGAAUCCACUGCCCCCAUGCCUGAUGCUCAUCCCACUACCUCUCACUCUUCACAAUAGUCUCCUUGACAGUUCUGGGAUGUGGUAUUUUCUCUUCAGGCUGAUGCUUCAAGCAUGAAGCUGAGACACAGUCCCCUGAAAGAGCAAAAAGAGAAGCUUGUCUUGCCACUUCAUAGUAAAGGACCUAGGGAAAGGACCAGUGAUCACACUCCAGGCUGCACACAUUCAUCAGUCCUUGCAGUCAGUACCACAUCUUAAAUGUACCAUUGUCACUGUCAGCAGUGACAAAUGGUUGCUUCAGGAAAGAAACUUGCCAGAUUUUUACAUUUGCUCCUCUGCCUCAUCUACUAGGAACCCCAGGGAAGUUAGAGAGCUCAUCUGAAACCCUCGACUUUUGCUGCUCAGGAGAAAGGUGAUUUUAAUCCAGAAUCAUUAGUGAGCUGUAAACUGGAAAAUGUUCUUGGGGAAGCAGGCCAAGAGAGAGGGCCUGGGUCAUCUAAGUGUUAUCAAGUUAAAGUGAAAGACAGUAAGCUGCUGUUUUCAGUUUUUGUCUUCUCUUUGCAGUUUUGCUAUUUUCUUGUGGCAAAAAAUGUAAAACCAGUUGUUCAGAUAUGUUCUCAAUAAAUAUUUAUCUUUCUUGCCCAUGAAAAUGUUGAGUUGUGUGGAUUUAUCAGGUGGCCACAGACAUGAUAUUUUAAAAACAUAGCAGUUUCUGCAGGUGUGGAAUUUCAUAAAAGUGCUAUAAAAUGUUGUCAUUUUUGGAGAGAUACAACUAAAGUUUCCUGUUGGUAUAUUAUAAAUAUAGAGAAAAAAGAUUUGGGAUGCCAUGCCUUCAGAGAUGUUGUCAAAGAAGGACUGCCUCUUGGUUCACUAUUUCUGAGCCUAAUGUAUCAGGCUAUGUUGAUACAUUGGAAAUUAUUUUUCCUCCUUUAAAUGAUAGAUGUUUCUUUAUUCAAAAAAAGGAUCUAUUCAGUAAUGUCCUUGGGAAGCAAGGAUAUAAUACCCUAGGAUAUGCUACUCCUGACAAGUUUUUUCAUUUGAAGUUGUUAGUAUAAUCAUCAAGUCUUCCAUGACAUAUUUCCUUGUGUUAGGUGUGAUUUUGCAAUGAACAGUACAUGAUGACAAUGAGUAAAAUAAUAACUAUUUUAAUGGUUCAGUUGACUGAAUCUAAGAACAAAACAAUAUCAAAAUAGUUUAAAAAACAGAUUUUCAAGAAAGAUGAUACAUGUAAUUUAAUGGAAUUUGCAAGUUUUAUUUAUAAGAGACUCCCCAGCAUUGAUCAAUUUUAGCAUGCGUUGUGAUUAAAAACAACAACAACAGAAACACUUGAUUUAUGCUUAGGUUUUAUUUAAGCAUUCUGAAAUUAAAUUUUGAAACUGAGCAAGUACAAGCACAGAUUCAUAGGUAUGGAAAGAUGUCCAGUAGGUGCUUCCAUUAGGGAU